ACCAUGAUGCACUGCGGCUGUCAGUUUGAGCCGAGCGCUGUACUGCUGUACUGGCGAAGAGCAGCACACUAACAUACGGGCUGGCUUGCUUGCUUUCAGUGCUUCAGACAUGGAUCAAGACAACAACUCGGAGGAUGAGUCAGUUGGUGCAUCAGAGGAUCCUUCAGAAGAGGAACUCCCUCCUUGUAUACCUCCAGGACUCUCCGAUGGUGAAACAAUGGAGAUGCUCUGGCAGUUGCGAUCCCAGCGUCGCCAGUCGUCCCCUGAGCUUCCAGAGACAGUGACUUGUCUUACUGCCCCUGAUGGCAGCCUCCUGUACCUGGUGGGCACUGCCCAUUUCAGUGACAGCAGCAAAAAGGAUGUGGCCACGACGAUUCGCGCUGUGCAGCCAGACGUUGUGGUGGUGGAGCUGUGCCAGUACAGGGUGUCUAUGCUGAAGAUGGACGAGAAUACACUGUUGAGGGAAGCCAAAGACAUCAACCUGGAUAAGGUUCAGCAGGCCAUCAAACAGAAUGGACUGAUGUCCGGCCUGAUGCAGAUCCUCCUGCUUAAAGUUUCCGCACACAUCACGGAGCAGCUGGGCAUGGCUCCUGGAGGAGAGUUUAGAGAAGCCUUCAAAGAGGCUGGACGGGUGCCAUUCUGUAAAUUUCACCUUGGGGACAGGCCGAUCCCUGUGACGUUUAAGAGGGCCAUUGCUGCUCUCAGUCUGUGGCAGAAGGCCCGUCUGGCAUGGGGUCUUUGCUUUUUGUCAGACCCAAUCAGUAAAGAGGACGUAGAGAAGUGCAAACAGAAGGACCUGCUGGAGCAGACCAUGUCAGAGAUGAUCGGCGAGUUUCCUGCUCUCCACCAGACCAUCGUGGCUGAACGAGACAUCUACCUCACGCACACGCUCCGCCAGGCUACACGCUGUGUGGAGGCCCCCUCUAAUGCCCAGAAAGUGCCUGCUGUGGUGGUGGGAGUUGUAGGGAUGGGUCAUGUCCCUGGCAUAGAAAGAAACUGGGAGAAGCAGCUCAACAUUAAUGAAAUCAUGAGUGUUGCACCUCCCUCACGUUUUGGCUGGGUGUUGUGCACUGUCAUAAAGGGUGUCAUGAUGGGAAUGCUGGGAUACGCCUGCUACCGUGCUGGAGGGGGUUUGGGCAGAGCCCUGCUGUCUUUACCUGCGGUCCAAUCUUUAAUGGAAACUCUGCGGCCACCCCCUGCUUGACACCCACUGGUCCUCUCCGAGCCAUCAGUGACACGACCGUUGAUCUCUUAAAACAAUGCAUCUAUCACCAAUGGCCUUAAAAAAACAGGAAGUGAGGCUGGAGGAAAUUUUUCACCAGCCCACACGAUGAACUAACAAGGACCUCAGGGAGUUAAUAGCCUCCCACCUCGUAUUGAUGUCCCUGUAGACGCAGCAGGGCCGUACUGCCAAAGAAACCAUGACAGUACUCUUUGUCUUCUUUCAUAUUUUGUGCAAAUCCUGCAUUUUGUAAGGUUUACAAAUGCCAGUAAUUCCUUUUUGAACAGAUUUACAGUUUUCCCCUUCACCAUUCCUUUAAAUAACUUAGAGUUUUUAUUUGACAGUAUCAUUGGAGUCACCUUCAGUCACCUGCCCUGAUAUGACUGAGCCGUUUUCCUAGAGGCACACUUUUCUAUCGCUGUCUCCUCCUCUUCCAGUGCCAACCAGCACUUUUGGUAAAUGGCCCACUUCAAGUCCAGCACUUUAUAAGAGACUGGUAGAGUCUUGUACUGUACAUGCAGCCUAUGGGGAGGGAAAAGAAAGUGAAACAUCAAGUCAUAAAUAUAAUAAACGCACCACAAAAAUAUAGUCAUAUAGGAGCUCUUUAGGAGGAGGUGCGCCAUGAUGUGAGGUUAAAACAUCUGCUGUUUGAAGUGCAUAUUCUUCAAUACUCACAUACAAGAUUAGACAAAGACAAAACUUAUUUCCCACAUGCACAGUCCUGCCCACAUCAACAGACAAGUGCCUCAUAUUGCAGCAGUAAGGGCUAAUGGUGAACUCAAUGAAUGGCAAAAAUGUGUGUUAUAUGCAUCUUACACAUACAAACAAAUGGUCAAUGCAAGUUUCUAAUAUUCUGUCUUAUAUAAUGAUAUGAUAGGCUUCUUUUAUAAAUACCGUUGCCCUGAAAAUAGAUUGUAGUUUGUGUUGUCUUGGUUUCAAUUGAAACGGUACCACAGCCCCUUCAUUUUACAGUCACACACACAUUCAACAGAAACCCGACAGAGGACAGUUUUUAAUGUGCCUCAGAGGGAGCAAAGCAUUAAUCUUGUAUUUGUAUUUGACAUUGGCUUGAACUGGCUCCACCUCUUGAGUAAAAGUCCAUACCGGACACAAAAGUAUGCAUCUUGUACAGAAAACCAUCUCUUAACACCUUCACAUGAGAACGUCUGUAAUUCAGCGCACCAGCUGCUUGUACUAUGAUAUAUGCAUUAUCAGCUGAUUGUAAAAUGGCGAUUGAGAUGAUGAAUAGGCAGUUGGUUUUGUUUCAUUCAGAUUAAGGAUUGAAUGAAGGAUUUCUCAGAGAAAUUUGUUCUGGACUUUUGACGACUAUGAGGAAAGCUGACAGUUUAGACUGGUCAGAAUUGGGAGGUACAGCCUUACACUGCUAUCACUGCUGCCUUUGACCAUCAGAUUGCCUCCUCUGCUGAGGCAAUGACCUGUAUCCACAGUACAGAGCCUCUUAUUGCACCUUGAAUUGGCUACAUGACCUCCCUGGAGUAUGUAGAUGAGGUCCCAAUAAAUCCAACAUUUUAUUGAGAUUUACAUGGUUAUAAAACAGUAUUCCCCAAUCUUAAUUUUAAGUGAUUUUAUGUACGGUACUCUGUAAUUAUUUAGAUGUAUAAUUAAGAAAUAUGGAAGGAUUUACUGUCUCUAAUUUGUUAAAUGAAGCAGUGCCAUUUCAUCUUACAAACAUAAUGAAACCACUCGCAAGUUAUCCACACACAUUAACUCCGACGUCUUCCAAUUGAUAAACAGGUUGUCUUCAAGUAAGGAGGAUAUUAAAGAAGUGGUGAAAAGCUGUAUUAAAUCCUCUCAGACCAUCAGCAGUAUCAUACAGUCAAACAUGUCUCGCUCCCACAUCAUUUCCAAAUGUUUAAUCCGCUGUGUGUUUUGAGAAUUGCCAAGAGAAAACUGUAUGAAAGCUUGUAUUUUACCCCCACACCCUUGUGUGGUACUGUCAUUGUUACCCAAACCAAACAUUAAAUCCUAACUUCUGUAAGGAAUUAUUAAAAAAGUAAA